CUUCAAGAGACUCACAUCUGUUUAAAUGAAAUUUCUGGUGUGGAUGGGCAAGGAAUGACAACGCAAGUUGCAAAUAACGAUCAGAAUGAUGUUUAUUUUCGUUUUGGAGGGGCAACACUGGCCAGCAUGUUACACAACCGAUACAAAGAAAUUAGAAGUUGUAGUGCAGUAAAAAGAGAGCUCAUAUCUGUGGAAAUAACCAUAUUGCAAGCAAUUAACAAUAAAGACAAAUCAGCUAUUCCAGCAUACCUGCAAUAUCGAGACAAAGGAUUCAUGUAUUUUCCAGAUAUAACAUUCAUACCAUUCAUCCGUGCUGUAGACGAAUGUGCUAAGCAGGUUGUGAAUGAAAAGGGUUUGAAAGACCAUGGUGACGAAUUAAUCAAGGUUACUCACAGUAUAGUGAAACUGGCAACACACCUGAAAAGUCAACUUGUUGAUGGACUAAGAAGUAAAAUGGCACUUGAUACUGAUAUUGAAAAGCAAGCAACAGACAAUGUUUACGAUGAGAUGCUGAGAAAGCUAACUAACACAAGAAUUCAAGAAUUUAUGUCUUCUUUUAAACAAAAGAUGGCAUUUAACAGUGGUCAUGCUUCAACAGCAGGUCUGAAUUUACGGGACCAGUUACUUUCACAGCAUGUACAAGUUCAGUCUCGUGUACAAUUAGAUUAAAACAUAAUUAAC